AUGGGGACCACUGAGCCAGGGAGAGGCUCUGAAGGUGAUGUCUACAAAGAAGCUGGGACCAAUCAGGCCCAGCUAAGGCUCUAUGACGUCACCAGUCACCGGGCAGACUCUUGUCACUGCAGCCGAGAGCCCUCCUCCCUCAGGCCCCCACCCCCUCUGCCACUACACCGUCAGCCCUGUGGGGAGGGGGAGAGGCGGGGGAAGGGGGGGGCUUCUGUGGGAGCCCUUCAGAGAUACCCAGCCCCUCCCUGGAGGUGCUCAGGGGCGGGGCACGGCGUGGGUAGCAGCCAGAGGAACCGGCUGAGCCCUACCCCGCCCAGCCUGAGUUCAAGCACGGGGACCCCCUCCACCAUGGAAGGAAUUGUGACGUCCCAAAUCUCGGACCUUUUUGAGCUGGCUACCAAAGUGAGACCUCAGAUAACCGGAGAGUACUUCAAAUACAAGGGCAUCAACUUCCCCAAGGGCCUCUACAGCCCAGAGGCCAUAAGCUAUGUCGAGAAGGACUUGAAAGUCAGGGAUGAUGACACCUUCAUUGUCACCUACCCCAAGUCAGGUACCACUUGGAUGAUUGAGAUUCUGAGCCUAAUGCUAAAGGAUGGGGAUCCCUCCUGGGCUCGCUCAGUCCCCAACUGGGAGCGGGCCCCCUGGUGUGAAACUGUCCAGAGCAACUUAAUCAUCUCUCGAAUGACCAACCCCCGCCUCCUCACCUCCCACCUCCCCAUUCAGUUCUUCUCCCGGGACUUUUUCAACUCCAAAGCCAAGGUAAUCUACGUGGGCCGCAAUCCCCGAGACAUCCUGGUCUCCCUCUACUACUAUCACAAGAUCGCGGGGCACCUCAAGGACCCGGGGAGCCCAGACCAAUUCUUUCAGGAUUUUCUCAAUGGAGAAGUACAAUUUGGCUCCUGGUUUGAUCACAUAAAGGGAUGGAUGCGAAUGGAGGGAAAGGACAACUUUUUGUUUAUCACUUAUGAAGAACUGCAAGAGGAUCUCCGGGGCUCCGUGAAGCGCCUCUCUGAAUUCCUGGGCCAUCCUUUGGAGGAGGAGGCCCUGGAUUCCGUGGUGCGGAACUCAGCCUUUGGGGCCAUGAAAGAGAAUACCAUGUGUAAUUAUACGUUGUUGCCCUCCACCCUAUUGGAUCAACGCAAGGGGGCUUUCCUCCGGAAAGGGGUAUGUGGUGACUGGAAGAACCAUUUCACUGCAACCCAGUGUGAAAUCUUUGACCGAGUAUAUGAAGAGAAGAUGCAGGGACUGAAGACCACCUUCCCUUGGGACAAAGACCCUACGGACACCAGCCCCGCCCUGUAA